CGACCAAUUAAGGCUUUCUAAAGGAGCAUGCAAGGAUUGGUAGCCAGAGCUAUUAUUAUUUCCCUGUAGGCUUUUGAGAGCGAAUAUUUCUCUCAAAGUUCAUCUUGCUAUUCGUCUCUCAAGACCGUUGAGUUUUUCAGUUUUCAAAGGCUCCCUUGUCCUUUAAGGCAAGGGAAGAUGCUUGUUCUAGUCUAACUGAGGUCUAUCCCCCUCUCAACUGGGCUAGAAGUGUAUAGUCCUUAGUUAGUUCGUGUUCUUGCAGGUGUGGAUGAAAAUGGGAGAGUUUCCAGUGAAGACCUGCUAAAAUGGAUAUGUGUUUUGCUGUCUGUUUGGGUGCCACUGAAUAUAGAGGGUCUCUUGCAUGUUUGAUGGAAGUAACUUUAGGUCCUUGUGCCAACCGGAUCUAGUAGCUGCCGACCCCCAUCUGGCUACACGCGAUUGAGACGCCAAGAGCUCUGCCUCAUCCCCUGUGAACGGUCGUCGGCGAUGGCUAUGCUUUCUAGUUUUCGAGGUCCAGUGUAUGGCGGAGAUGAAGCUCCAAUUGGGACUACAAAGAAAGAGGCAGGCUCCAGCUACUGAAUCCUUUGGUUGGUGCUUUUCCAUCCACCGAAUCCAACUCCAGCUUCUAGGAGGAGCAGUAGUCAUGCUUUUUGAUGUUGCUCUUGUGUUUUCCCAUGGUUAAUGAGAUAUAGGGUAGGGUUUCCUUGGGUUGGAAUGUUUUCUGUUUGGGCUGAGUUCCUGGGCCUUAGAGAUGACUCUUUGUGUACAAGAUGUAAUGUUUUGCUCUAUGGGCCAUAAAAUGCAACUAUGCAAUUGAAAAAAAAAAGGAGCGACCAAUUUCAACUUCAUAUAGAAACAUGCACUUUUUUUUUGCAAGAAUUUGUAAAACUGGGCCUCCAUGAAAGCUACUAAAUAAAGGAAUUGGGCUCUUGCCGAGUGAGGCCCAAUAGGCCCAUAUUGGAAAACCGAAGCGCAUUAUCUCUUAAAACUAACUUAUGUGGCAGUCUAAAACCCUAAGCCCCAGCUCUGGUCAUUGUGUUGCUUCUCCUGGUAUCUGCAUUGGACGUCUCCUUUUCUUUGGUUGGUAAAAGAGAAAAUGGUGAAGAAGAAGCAGAAGCAAAAGAUAGUGUUGCCACCGGCGUUGCCGCCGGAGAUAUCUGAGGAUGAAAUUGAGGUCUCUGAUGAGGACUUGCAAUUCGUCAAUGAGAACAGAGAUUAUGCUGGCUUUGUUUCUCGCUUGGACACCGAUACCAUCACCAGGCAUGUUUCUCGCGUUGCUGAUUUAGAAGGAGAUGAUUUAGAAGCAGCGUAUGAGAAGCGGCUGGGGAGGAAGUCACAGCAGAAACAGGAGGAGGAAGUGCGGCUUCAAGUUGAUCCUGUUGAUGCUCUUCCUGUAAAGACUUUAGAUGGAAAACUUUACUAUCGGACUUUGUCCAAUACAUCAGAAAAAUCUGAAAAUGGUCGGGACGCAGAUGAUGAGAAGGGUGAUUCCGGCGCUGAUAAGGGUAUAGUGAGACUGACGAAAGCAGAAAGGAGGGCAAAGCUGAAAAAAAGCAAGAAAGAGGCAAAGAAACAAGGGAAGGAGUUGGGGAAGACAGAAGAAGUGCAAGAAACCCCACAAGCCGCUGUGCUGGCCAAGGUGAAAGAAGAUCUCACUGCUGAAGAAGUGUUUGAAAACAAGAAGCUUAAAUUAGCAGAGCUGGGCAUCGCAUUGCUGGCAGAUCCAGAGUCGAAUAUAAAAACUCUGAAAGAGAUGUUGCAAUUCUGUAAAGAUGAUGAUCAUGCUAUUGUCAAACUUGCAUUGUUAUCGUUGUUAGCUGUUUUUAAAGACAUUAUUCCAGGCUACCGGAUUAGGCUUCCUACUGAGAAGGAGCUAGAAAUGAAAGUUUCCAAGGAUGUUAAGAAGUUGCGGUACCAUGAAUCAACACUUCUGUCUGCAUACAAGGUUUACUUGCAGAAGCUGAUGGUAUUAGAGAAACGGUCCAAGUACCAGCAUGUGGCUGUUCGCUGCAUUUGUACUUUGCUUGAAGCAGCUCCCCACUUCAACUUCUGUGAAAAUUUGUUAGGUGCUGUGGUUGAAAACAUAGGUUCUUCAGAUGACGUUAUAAGGAAACUUUGUUGUGCUACUAUUAAGUCACUUUUUACCAGCGAGGGAAAGCACGGUGGUCAAGCUACUGUAGAGGCUGUUCGGUUAAUAGCUGAUCAUGUUAAAGCUCAUGAUUGUCAAUUGCAUCCGGAUUCUGUUGAGGUAUUGUUGUCAUUGUCCUUUGAUGAAGAUCUUGGAAAGGCUGAAGAAGAGGACAAGGAAAAUAAAUUUAGAAACAAGAAAAGCAAGAAGAGAAAGAAUAAUGAGGAGCCAAGUCAAUUACAAGAAAAUGAUAGAAAAAAAAGUAGGAAAGAACUGUUGACAAAAAUGAGGGAGGAGGUUGCUGCUGAUUAUAAGGCUGCUGCUUUUACCACAGAUGUUAAGGAACAGAAAAGGAUGCAAUCAGAGACACUUUCUGCUGUCUUUGAGACAUAUUUUCGCAUCUUGAAGCAUACCAUGCUGUCAACCACAGACAGUCCUGAAGCGAAUGAUAAUUUAGUUGCCAAUGCAACUGGGGCCCACCCUCUGCUUGCUCCUUGUCUGAAUGGAUUGGGAAAGUUUUCUCAUCUAAUAGAUCUGGAUUACAUUGGAGAUCUUAUGAAUUAUCUGAAAAAGCUUGCUGGUGGUGAUACCAACUCUAACAGUUCCUCAGAAAGAAGUUCGAAGUACUUGACUGUUUCUGAACGCCUUCAAUGCUGCAUUGUUGCCUUUAAAGUGAUGAAGAGCAAUCUAGAUGCCCUAAAUGUUGAUUUACAGGGCUUCUUUGUGCUGCUGUAUAAUCUUAUUCUUGAGUACAGGCCUGGAAGAGAUCAGGGUGAAGUAUUAGCAGAAGCUUUGAAGAUUAUGUUAUGUGAAGACAGACAGCAUGAUAUGCAAAAGGCUGCUGCAUUUGUAAAACGUUUGGCCACAUUCUCACUGUGCUUUGGAUCAGCUGAAUCCAUGGCUGCUUUGGUAACUUUGAAGUAUCUCCUCCAGAAGAAUGUCAAAUGCCGGAAUCUAUUGGAAAAUGAUGCAGGGGGUGGCUCAGUUUCUGGUUUUGUUGCGAAAUAUCAGCCGUAUGCCUCAGAUCCUAAUUUAAGUGGGGCACUUGCCUCAGUCCUCUGGGAACUCAAUCUUCUCUGCAAGCAUUACCAUCCAGCUGUUUCAACGAUGGCUUCAAGCAUUUCAAGCAUGAGCACUUCUCAUAACCAAGUUUAUCUUUCCUCAAUAUCUCCUCAGCAAGCUUUUACAGACUUGUCCCUCGAAAGGGAGUUGCUCAACCCAAAAUACGACAUUAGAAAAUCAAAUAGCAAGAGGAAAAAAGGGUCUUCUAAAAUGACUGGUGGCUUUGGUAGUUCUCUAGAUACAAGUUCAGCUGAUGAAGACGAGUUGAAAAAGAAACUUUCUGAUCAUUUUGUGCUCCUCCGUGAUUUCAAAGAGAAUGGGAGACUAAGGAGCGAAUUAGAGCGUACUACGUUAGCCCUACAAUUAUAUGACGAAUACAAGAAGCAAAAGAAGAAAAACAGGAAGGCUUAAUACCAAGAACGACAGGAAAUGAGCAUUCAAUAUUUUAGGUAUUGGAAUUUUUUUUCAAAUUGUACAGUUGUUUUCUGCAACAUUCUUGUUUAAUUGGUGAGGCCAUAGUCAAGCUGUGCAGUGGGCAUCAUGAAUCUGAUGUUUGAUUAGUUUGUUCUUAAUGCGAGCUUAAACCCAAUUUUAGCUUAAA